AUGCUCGCCAAGCUCACCAUGCUGUCAGCGCUGCUGAUGGGCGUUGUCGCUGCAGCCUCAUCAUCGAGUAGCGCCACAGCGUCUACGACGGCCACAGCGACAGCGACCGCUUCAGCCAGCGCGACGGCCACCCCCACCACGCCGGUGACCGUACCCGAUGCAGAGCAGCAGGAGCGGUUUUCGUCGCUGGCGCUCUUCCUCGUGCUGUCGCUGCUCAUCCUUUCGUUCUGGACGUCGUACUACCUCAAGGUCAAGCGCAUCACGGCGGUGCACGAGACCAUCGUCGGUCUGUUUGCCGGCAUGUUUGUCGGUCUUUGCCUGCGCGUCGGCCCGGGCGAGCAGGUGCAGAGCAUGCUGAGCUUCAGCAACACCAUCAUGCUCAACGUGCUUCUGCCGCCCAUCAUCCUCGCAUCCGGCUACGACUUGCGUCAGGAGAACUUCUUCCGCAACUUUGGCACCAUCCUCAUCUUUGCGUUUGCCGGCACGUUUAUCAGCGCCAUCGUGGUGGGCGUGAUCGUCUACCUCUGGUCGCUGCUGCAUCUCGAGUCGAUCUCACUCACGCUGCUCGAAUGCCUCAUUUUCGGCUCCACCCUCAGCGCCACCGACCCGGUGACCAUCCUGGCCAUCUUCAACACGUACAAGGUGGAUCCCAAGCUGUACUCGGUGAUCUUUGGCGAGAGCAUCCUCAACGAUGCGGUGUCGAUCGUGAUGUUCGACACGCUCUCGACGUUCAGGGGCAAGGAGAUCUACAUUUCGUCCAUCUUCCACGGCAUCGGGCUCUUCUUGGUGGUGUUUACGCUCUCGAUGCUGCUGGGCGUGUGCUUUGGACUGGGCUGCUCGCUGCUGCUCAAGCAUUCGCGGCUGAGCUCGUAUCCGCAGCUCGAGAGCUGUCUGGUGGCGCUCAUCGCCUACACGAGCUACUUUUUCAGCAACGGCGUCACCAUGAGCGGCAUCGUCUCGCUGCUCUUCUGCGGCAUCACGCUCAAGCACUACGCCUACCACAACAUGUCGAGGCGCACGCAGAGGACCACGCGCUACACGUUCCAGACGCUCGCCAACCUCUCGGAGAACUUUAUCUUUAUCUACCUCGGACUCAGUCUGUUCACGCAGGAGAUCCUGGUGUACAAGCCGCUGUUCAUCAUUGUGACGGUGCUGGCGGUGGUGGCGUCGCGCUACUGCGCCGUGUUCCCCAUCGCGAGCGUGGUGAAUGCGGUGAAGCGCGCGCGCAACAACCGACGCGCGCGCGCCACGGGCGGCGGCGGCGUUCCGCGCGGCGCCGUGGAGGAGGAGCUGCCUCGGCAGUACCAGAUCAUGCUCUUCUGGGCGGGGCUGCGCGGCGCCGUAGGCUUUGCGCUCUCGGCGGGCAUCGAGGGGCAGAAUGCGAUCGCGCUGCAGACGACCGUGCUCGUGACGGUGGUGCUGACGGUGAUCGUGUUUGGCGGUACGACGGCGCAGAUGCUCGAGAUCCUGGGCAUCCGCACGGGCGUGCAGGACGACGAGGGCGACUCGGACGACGAAGAGGACGACGACGACGUGAUGCGGCUGCGCGGCAUGCAGCGACGCACCUACCUCGACUCGGGCAGCUACCGCGAUGCGUCGGAGCGCGCGGGGCUCACGCGGUCCGGGCGCAAAGCGGCGUACCGCGAUGCGAGCGAGACGUCGAGCCCGCGCGCGUCGCUCAGUCACAGCAGCUCGGUGUUCGCAUCGGGGAUGCGCGGUGCCAAGCCGGGCGCCGCACGCACCGGCUUCGCCGACGAUCUGGAUGAGGACGACGAGCGCUCCUCCUUCUCUUCCGAGAUGCUGCCGUCGCGCUCAUCGACACCCGGCGCAGGCACAGGGCUCGCACCGCUCGCGACGGGCGCCAGCCUCAGCCGUUCUGCCACACCCGGGCUUGCGGGAGCACGUUCGCCCACCACGGUCAACACGACAUCGAUACCGAGCCUGAGCGAGAUCCGCAAGGCGGUGCUCGAGGCGUCGUCGUCGGACGGCUCGACGUCGUCACCCGCCAAGCAGCUGCUGGAUCGCGCCGGACUCGUCAUGAAGGACGGGCAGUGGUUCCAGGCGAUCGAUCAAAAGUACCUGCUGCCGCUGUUCAGCAACUCGGUGGCGUCGCGCAAGCACGAAGAGAAGAAGAUCGCGCGCCUCGCAGCCAGGGACGCUGCGGCCAGCCGAUCGGAACUCGAUCUGUCGCGUGCUGGCGACGACACCACGGCCAGCGCCAGGCGCAACUUCUUCUCGGUGGAGGAGGAGGCCGAUGCCAACGCAUAUCCGUCGGAGCGCGAUGCGGUGGUGGUGGACGAGGACGAGGACGAGGAGCAGGCGACGCCCAUCUUUGAUGCCACGUCGUUCGCCAGUGCGCGCCGCUCGACGAGCGGAGCCAAUACGCCGACGAGGCGGACGUUUAGCCACGACAAUGCCUCGUAG